AAUUCUGUAGAUUUUAGUCCCCAUACUAGGUUAGGCUACCACCCCUCAGAGGCCCUUCCUAUGCCAGAUGCCUAGAUAAAGGUCAGAGGGGGCGUGACUCACCCAAGAGGAGUGUGUUGUCACCACCAGCUCUGGGCAGGACAGUCCCACCUGUGGUGUCCCAAUUUCCACGGCAGAGGCGCAGUUGGCCCGGAUUGGCCGCGCUGGUUCCCCGCCCUGCCACGGAUUGGCCAAGCCUUCCAUCUCCUCUCUCUCAUCUUCCUGGGACACCUGCACUGCCCGGCUGCAGCUCCUCCACACUGACCACAGAGGGACCGGAGGAUGCCCACGCAUCAACACUUGGUGGAUAAGAUGAAGAGACCCUCCUGCUUUGUUUUUUUGUUCUGUGGGGUAUUUUUGCCUGGAAUCCUCAGUUUUCCACAGACAAACACCUCAAUCGAUUGUGAUUCUCUGCUACCAAACUAUGAAGCUGAACCACAGACAUCUGCACCACCAUAUAUUAUUGCUGUAUCUUUUGAUAACUUCGAGCCAGGAAAUGAAGUCCAAGUGACUCUAGAAGCACUUAGAGAAGCUGGUUUUAAAGGAUUUAAUCUACAGGCUCGAGAAAUAGAUGGAGAUACUCCUGUUGGUACUUUUAAAAUUACAGAUCCAAACACCAAAGGCUUGGAAUGUCAUAAUAUGACGAAUUCAGCAAUAAGUCAUGCAAAUUCAGAUGUGAAACAGAAAGUUACAACAACGUGGAUUGCUCCACCUGACGUUGGAGAGAUUCAAUUUCUUGCAACUGUUGUUCAAAAUCUAGACAAUUUUUGGGUUGGAAUUCAAAGCAAAACUCUCACACCUACACAUUCUGAGUCAGUAAAUGGGACACAAAAAAGGAAAAGGAAGCUUACGAUCGAAAUAGAAUGUAACAAGCGUGGAGGGACUUACACGACACAAGGCCGAUGCAUCAUGGUUGGACCUUCAGGUUCUUCUCAGAGCAGCUAUUCAGGCAGCCAGGGUGGAGUAGUCUACACAAUAAGCAACAGUGGAUGUGGCCCUGGAGGUGCUGCUGGUACAUACAGUCAACAAGCCUGCAGAGACGUAAGCUGGUUACAGAUGUUUUUACUGAUUGUCUCUUCCUAUACUUCUUAA